AUGGCUCGUCGUCGUCAAGAAAUUGCAUUACAAGCAGAAAUCGAAACACAAGAAGAAUGGAAUGAAGCAAUUAAUAAAGAUGGUCUUACAGUCGUCGACGUUUAUCAACAAUGGGCAGGUCCAUUCGUGGAUAUUUAUCAAGCAUAUGGCGGUCCUUGUAAAGCCAUGGAACCGAAAUUUCGAACGAUAAAAAAUACGCUUGGCGAUGCUAUUCUAAAUUUUGCUAUUGCUAAAGCGGAUACAAUUGAUUCACUUGAAAAACAUCGAGGACGAUGUGAACCAUGUUUUCUUUUUUAUGCGAGUGGUGUUCUUGUUGAUGCUGUUAUUGGAGCAAAUGCACCUGAAUUACAACGAAAAAUUAUGUUAAAUUUAGAAGAAGAAAAAAGAAUUCUUAAAGAAGGUGGUGAACGUCGUGAAUUUAUUUUUCAACAAAUUGAUCAGGAUGAAGAUGAAGAAGUUGACCCUAGAUUACAGCGUCAUCGUAGUUCUUCUGUUGCUAAUGCUAUUACAAGUCAACAAUAUACUCUUGCAGUUAUUCGACCAGAUGCUUAUGCUGAUGGCAAAGUAGAUGAAAUUGUUGAAACAAUUACACAAAAUGGAUUUAAAAUACUCGUACAAGAAGAACAUCAUCUUAAUGAACAUGAUGCUCGUGAAUUACAUCGUUAUAAAAUGAAUCAAGAAGGUUAUGAAGAACAUAUAGCACGUAUGACAAGUGGUCCAUCAGUUGUUCUUCUACUUCAAAAAACUGAUGCUAAAGCUUCAACUGUUGAUGAUCUUCGUGAAUUAGUUAAUUCUGAUGAAUUAUUGAAAACAAAUGUUGAUUAUACACCAUCAACAGAUAAUAUUCAUGAUGAACUUAUGUUACUCUUACCACAUAUUGCUCGCAGACCACGUACACCAGAAGAAAAUCUUGAACGAACAUUAGCUAUUAUUCGACCAAGUGCUUUGAAAUUAUAUAAAGAUGCUAUUAUUGAUCGAAUACGAGAUAGUGGAUUUGAAGUUACUCGUACAUUAGAAAUUCAAUUAACACGACAGCAAGUAGAAGAAUUUUAUGCUUCGAAAAAGAAUGAACCAUAUUAUGAAGAUAUUAUUCAAGAAAUGACUAGUGGACCUUCAUUAGCAUUAUAUUUAACUAAGAAAGAUGCUAUUCAAGGUUUUCAUGCUUUACUUGGUCCAGCUGAGAAAAAUAAAAUUAAAGAAGCGACUGGAACUUUUCGACAUGACUUUGAUAUUGUUGAUGCUAAAAUUAAUUCAUUACAUGCACCACGUACACGUACUGAAGCUAAUCGUCAUUUACAAUUCUUCUUUCCUGAAGAACGUAUAUUGGUUAUUCUUAAACCUAAUCUAAGUGAUCAACAAAGAUCGGAAAUUGUAGCAGCGUUCAAAAAAGCUGGUUUCUUUAUUAUGACACGUAAAAUGGAAAAAUUGACAUCCGAACAAGUAGCUCAACUUCAACAAUCACAUCAAGGCAAAGAUUAUUAUAAUGAAUUAUUAAAUUAUAUGACUAGUGGUCCAUCAGAAUUAUUUGUAUUAGUAAAGGAAAAUGCUAGUCAAAGUUGGCAACAAUUAGUUGGACCAGAUGAUCCAGCUAAAGCAGUAGAAUCAGCACCAACUAGUCUUCGUGCUCUUUAUGGCAAAGAUCUUGUUCAUAAUGCUAUUGAUGUUUCUAUGGAUGUUGAACAAGCUAAAAAUGAUGUUCAUUUAAUAUUCGGAGAUUUAGAUCGAGAAGAAGCUUAA